AUUGUCAACACUCAGGAGGAUGGGGGUAGGGGAAGUGAUAGAAUACUGCUGACUGUAAGAGCUGACGAUGGAGGCCAGGCACCUGCAAAGCUUGUACGGCAGUAUAAUCCAUGGCCUUAUUUUGCUUUUCCUGAGCAAUGCAAAUACAAGAGGGGCAUCUGCCCAGAUCACCCCCUGCCAGGCACCUCCGCAGUGGGAAGGCAGGAUUGUAGCCUAUGAUCAUAAUACUGGCAGAAACAUUAGAUCCUUAAUUUCUUAUGAUGUCAAACAGCAAAGAAUCCGUAUCCUAGAAGAAAAAAAGAGCUUGGUACCCUGCAAGAGGUUCUUUGAAUACAUCUACUUGUAUAAAGAGUCUGUGAUGUUCCAGAUUGAGCAAGUUACAAAAACAUGCUCUAAGAACACUUUGACUGAACCAUGGGAUCCCUAUGAUAUACCUGAGAACUCAACAUUUGAAGAUCACUAUUACAUUGGCGGUCCUGGAGAUCAAAUCACUGUACAAGAAUGGUCUGACCGAAAACCUGCCAGACAAUAUGAGACAUGGAUUGGGGUUUACACUGACAAGGAUUGCUACCCAGUACAAGAAACCUACACAAAGAAUGGGAACAUGACAACCUCUACACGCUUCUUUGACAUACAGCUGGGUAUAAAGGACCCCUCCGUGUUCAGUCCACCGACCACCUGCCAAAGUGCACACCCAUUGUUAAUGAGGGAUUUCUGCUAAAUCUGCCUGACAUGGCCAAAUGGCCCACUGAAUAUACACUGAAAGACAAACAUUACUCUGUUAUUGCAAUUCUCUUUAGAAUAUUGGGGAAAAAGUAUGCAAGUAUUAUUUUCAUUUGUAAUCCAAAAUUGACCAGCCUUGGCCCCCAGCUGCUGCAUGACAAUAGUUUCACUGAAUCCUAGACAGUGGCUGUCAAAUAUUAUGAGCAGUUAUGUACAGUUGGAGGCCAAAGUUACACACUCUUGUUUUAUGUUAGUACUAUUUGGAUAAAGUGAAUAGUAGAAUUAAAUUAUAUUGCUAUUAGAGUGAGUUUUGUUUUAAACCAACAA